AUGACGUUGAACCACGAGAGAGCGAUUCCAUCUAGAAGCCUCAAGAAUCAGCUAAGUGGUAGUGAGCUCAUGUGGAGGCAGCUCCCAAGAACUCGUGUGGAGGCAGCUCCCAAGUACGCAACCAGCUAUUUCUUUCCUCCGUCCAGUCAAUCCUUUAACUAUAAUGUGAACAUCAAAUACGAGUACGAUUUGAAAAGCGAAGAUGAUUCGAAUGGUUCACCAACUGGGCAACCACCCUCUUCAACGCCAUCCGAAUAUUCGUCAUCGCACGUAUCACAACCUACAGACAACAGUUUCUCUUCUUCAAAUUUUGUUCCGGCUUACUCUGGUCUUGAAAUCAGGUCUCCCAAAUUAGAAAAGGAGAGCUUUUUCAAUGGUUUCACGAAUGGUGACUGUGAUGCUGAUGAUGAUUCCGCAUGUAUGACGAAAAACUGCUCGCCAUUAGCCAACGGUCAUGGCAGUCCAGAAGGGGAAGAAGAAGACGAUGGCGAAGAACUCAAUACAAAAGACCUGGCACAAAGGAUAUCGGCCGAGCUGAAGCGAUACUCCAUCCCUCAAGCUAUUUUUGCUCAGAAAAUUCUCUGUCGGUCCCAAGGAACGUUGUCGGACUUAUUGCGCAAUCCGAAGCCAUGGUCAAAGCUGAAGAGUGGCCGGGAGACGUUUCGAAGGAUGGCCAAAUGGUUGCAGGAGCCUGAAUUCAAACGCAUGUCCGACCUUAGAAUGGCAGGUUCGUAG